AUGUUCAGUCUCGGAUUCCCAUGGUCAAUGCAAAGAUUCUGGAAUCAUAUGAGUUACUCGGAGGUGUUCCCCAGUGCGUCUAGUCUGUAUAUUGACGGUGGAGUUGGAAUUUCACCGGGGUUCCACCGCGAUGAACCGAUUGUGAAAGAUCUCGGGAAUUGGGGUUUGGGGGAGAUCUACAGAAUACACAUUGUUCACUCUGCGGCAGAUGUGAUCUACAGUAGCCGAAGAGGCUGGGCUUCCAUGGAUAAUUGUCCCAUCCACAUCUACCGGAACAUGAGGAUGUUGAGAUUGCCUCCCAGCAACAAGUUUAAGCCUCGGACUCCCACGGCUCUCACAGACAUGGCGCGGGCAUUAGAUCGAAUUGUCUCAGCACAGAGACACUGGAUCCUUCAAUCAUAUUACAAGUUACAUAUGAAAGUGGGCCUCAACGCCACCAACUACGCCGCGCCGGACAGCCAGCCGGGAGUCAGCCCUAACUCAGGCGUCGCCCGUUAG